UGAGGGUCCUUCCUGCGAGGAGUCCUCCUCUUCCCGGUCGUCCUUUGGUUUGCCGAAGAGCGGUUCCCCAGGGUCUAUGUUCAAGUUCCGGAACCUCUCUCCUUGGGCGGGCUUCAUCGGCUACUUCAUUACAGAACUGCCCCGGGCCUUUUCUGAUACUGGGCAUAAACGUGGGGAAUAUGUCAGAAAAGAGGAAGCCGCUGCUGGGCUUCGUGGGCAAACUCCCCAGUGGGGCUGCCCUUGGGAACUCAGGCAAGACUCACUGCCCUUCGUGCAUGGCGCUCUUCAAAGCCCCCAGGCUCUUGCCUUGUUUGCAUACAGUUUGCACCACGUGUUUGGAGCAGCUGGAGCCCUUCUCAGUAGUGGACAUCCGAGGGGGAGACUCUGACACCAGCUCUGAGAGGUCACUAUUCCAGGAACUCAAGCCACGCGGCCUGCAGCCGCAAACCGGCAUCCUCUGUCCGGUGUGUGAUGCUCAGGUGGACCUGCCCACGGGUGGAGUGAAGGCUUUAACCAUAGACCACCUGGCCAUGAAUGAUGUGAUGCUGGAGAGUCUGCGUGGGGAAGGCCAGGGCCUGGUGUGUGACCUGUGCAGCGACAGGGAUGUGGAGAAGAGGUGUCAGACCUGCAAAGCCAAUCUCUGCCAUUUCUGCUGCCAGGCGCAUAGGCGGCAGAAGAAAACGACUUACCAUACCAUGGUGGACCUAAAAGACUUGAAAGGCUACAGCCGGGUUGGGAAAGCCAUCCUGUGUCCUGCUCACCCUACGGAGGAGCUGAGGCUGUUCUGUGAGCUGUGUGACCGGCCUGUGUGUCGCAACUGUGUGGUGGGUGAGCACCAGGAGCACCCCUGUGACUUCGCCAGCAACAUUAUCCAUAAGCAUGGGGACUCCGUGCGGGGGCUCCUCAAAGACACCCAGCCCCACGUGGAGGCCCUGGAGGAAGCCCUGGAACAGAUCAGAGAGAUGAACAGUGCCCUCCAGCAGCGAGUGGAGGCCGUGGCAGCGGAUGUCCGCACAUUCUCUGAGGGCUAUGUCAAGGCCAUCGAGGAGCAUCGGGACAAGCUGCUGAAGCAGCUGGAAGACAUCCGGGUCCAGAAGGAGAACUCCCUACAGCUGCAGAAGGCGCAGCUGGAGCAGCUGCUAGCAGACAUGCGCACGGGAGUGGAGUUCACCGAGCACUUGCUGACCAGUGGCUCUGACUUGGAGAUCCUCAUCACCAAGGGGGUGGUAGUGGAGCGGCUCACGAAGCUGAACCAAGUCGAAUACAGCGCCCAUCCCAGAGUAAACGAUAAGAUAUGCUUCUCUCCUCAGGAGAAAGCAGGCCGGUGCCGUGGCUAUGAAGUUUACGGGGCCAUCAAUACCAAAGAGGUCGAUCCAGCCAAAUGUGUCCUUCAAGGAGAAGAUCUCCACAGAGCCCGGGAGAAACAGACAGCCUCUUUCAUCUUGCUCUGUAAGGAUGCAGCGGGAGAGAACAUGGGCCGGGGAGGAGACAACAUUCAAGUCGCAGUUGUCCCUAAAGAUAAGAAAGACAGUGGGCAACUGAAGCAGGCUGUGAGAGUGAAUGGCUUUGUGGAACUCUCCUCUCCACCCAGUCCCAUCAGAACGAUGGUGAAGGACAACAAGGACGGGACGUACUGCGUCUCCUACACCCCCAAGGAGCCUGGCAUCUACACGGUGUUGGUCCGCGUCAAAGACCAGCACGUGCCGGGCUCGCCAUUCAAUGUGACGGUAAGGAAGAGGCACCGCUCGCACCCAGGCGUGUUUCACUGCUGCACGUUCUGCUCCAGUGGAGGCCAGAAAACGGCUCGCUGUGCCUGUGGGGGCACCAUGCCAGGGGGGUACCUAGGCUGUGGCCAUGGACACAAAGGCCACCCGGGCCGCCCCCACUGGUCAUGCUGUGGGAAGUUUACAGAGAAGUCGGAGUGCACGUGGACGGGUGGGCAGAGCACAGCAAGGAGUUUACUCCGGACCGUGGCGCUCUGACGGUUUCCCAUGUCAACCUGCUGAAGCUGCAGCCAGCACAACUUCAGAUCACUAGACAACCCCAGACCUUGAUUAAUUCUGAAGAAACCAAUAGAAUUAAAAACAAAGUGCCUUAUCUAUACUCUGCAGUAAGAGUACUUUUUGUGAGUUAUCCACUGAUUGUAUGUGCAGAUGGCUGACAGGACGCCACCAUCUUUCUCUUAACGGUGGGCUGGCAGUGUUCUGGCUACACCAGAGGAGGCUGUCUUCUGUUCAUAUGGGGAUGGGGGCCUCUAUGUGUUAAACUUAGAGAUCACAGGGAUAGUCUGGUUCCUUACUUUUUGAUAACUAACCUUUUUUAUUUCUCCCUGAGCUACAUUUUAUAUAGAUAUUUUCCUCAGAAAUAAAAACCUCCUUUUAUCGCA